AUGAGCGACGUGACCACUGCCAUCACGUCGGCCUGUGGCUAUAAGCCGCGCGAUGAUGAGCAAUUAGGCACAUGCGCCGUAAAAGCCUCUGGAUCCGAGGUGCAGAAUACCGACCCCCCCGCGAACCAACGACGACGCCACUCCUUCUUCCUACCUCGAAGAAAAUCAAUAGUAGAAACCAUCAUGGAAGGCGAGGAGGGCCUGCUGCUCAAGGUGGACUUGUUUCUCUCCGAGCUGGAGCGCCGCUUGGACUUUAUCGAAAGCUACUAUGACGACCUUGGCAGGGACUAUAGUUUCUCUCGCGCAUUUUCGACUCUACAGGCCGUCAGGACAAGGUGCUCCCAGGCUUCCGAGGAGGUUAUCGGUGCUGGUAGGCGGCGCCUGCAAAUCAUGGUGGAGACGCUGGAGAUGCGCUACCAGGAGACUUUGACUGCCGCCGAGUCUAUGCACGAGAAGGCUCGUGUCGGCGUUGAUCUCCUUGAGGAGAUGCUCUCUGAGUUUGAGGCACGGGCGCACAAGCUGCGGGAGCAAGGUCUGGCCGGUGCCACGACCGCUGCGGAAGCCUUCAUGGAUGAGGGCCGCCGUGUUGCUCACGAAAGCAUCGAAAGGGCGAGGGGUGUCAUGGACGAAGGUCUCGAGAGGGCCAGACGAGCCGCGCUAUCCCUGGAGGAACACAUCCAACAGGCCGUUGCAAAGGCGAGGGAGACACGCUUGCUUCACUAUAACGACUUGCCCAUGCCUUGGCGCAACAAUCCUCACAUCACCAAGGGCUAUCGCUUCACCGAAACCAAGAUUGAAUGCGUCCAGUCGGCCUUCAACAUAUCCAACGAAUUCAUCAACAUCUGGUCUCACGCCAUUGGCCUUGUCCUUGUUCUCGCCGUGGCGCUCUACUUCUACCCGGCCAGCGCCAACUUCUCCCUGAGCUCAAAAAGCGACGUCUUCGUUGCCGCCGUCUUCUUCGUCAUGGCCUGCCUCACCUUGGUCUGCUCCACCAUAUGGCACACCAUGAACGCCGUUGCCGACGUCGACGCAAUCUCCAUCUUUGCCUGUGUCGACUACACGGGAAUCUCGCUGCUGAUCGCAGCAUCCAUCAUGACCACCGAGUACACCGCGUUUUACUGCGACCCGCUGAGCAGAUGGGUGUACAUGACCCUGACAGCCGUCUUGGGCAUCGGAGGUGUCAUUCUCCCAUGGCACCCGAAAUUUAACGGCACAGACAUGGCCUGGGCCAGAGUGGCUUUCUUCGUUGGACUCGCCUUGACAGGGUUCAUGCCGAUGCUGCAGCUGUCGCUGACCCACGGGCCCGAUUUCGUCCUCACCUUUUACUCGCCAAUCUUCAAGUCCAUCUUGGUCUACUUUGUCGGCGCCAUCGUCUACGCGAGCAAGAUUCCCGAGCGCUGGUGGCCAGGCAUGUUCGACUAUGUUGGGGGCAGCCACAAUCUGUGGCAUGCUGCUGUCCUAGGAGGCAUCCUGUUCCACUACACGGCCAUGCAGACCUUCUUCUCGAAUGCUUUCCACCGCGCGGAAGGCGGUUGUCCCGCAUACUAA